AUGUUGCGUGGAAAAGCUGUGAUUGACGUUGAUUUACUGCAAGAACGAAUAACAUUAGUCGGAGAGGAAGCUGAUAACGCGAGAAAAAAGCUCGAGUUUUUCGCAGCAAAUCGCCAUGCGUUUACUAUAAAACAAACAAUAGCCAUAAAACCUCCACGAUAUCUGCAUUUCAUGAGGAACGCACUCCGAUUUGUGAGCAUAGAACGACUCAGAUUAAUAUGUGGCGGAGCGAAUGUUAGAUUUGUUGACAUGGAAAACAUCGAAUUUCACGGCACUCUUCAGCAAUACGACCUGUUUAUGAACUAUUUGGAAGAAGUUGACGAGAAGUUGGUCUCAACAAGCUCGAAGAUUAAUAUAUCAUCGAAGCCAGAUUGUCCCAUAUGCUUGUCACCGGUCAGCAAUGCGUUUUAUUGCCUGGACUGUGGUCACUACUACUGCCUGAAAUGUAUCACCUUCCAGGUCAAAACAGUGAUAAGAAAUCGUGAUUUACCACUGCAGUGUUGUCAUGUGGAUUGUGGACAGCUGUUUUCCAUGAACGAUUUGAAGAUUUGUUUCAGUGCUUACUUCCUCGGUGAUAAUCGAUUACCAUGGUUGAAUGCGAAGAAGAUGAACGCCUUGGUAGGCAGCUCCAUUGACUGCGUAUUGCGAAAAGACAAAUCCUUGUCGCGUUGCCCAACACCAGACUGCUUUGGUAUUUUCAAGAAACAGAUUACUGGUUUUCGAAGAAAAUAG